CGAGAUUAUUCAAGCAUCGACUCACUGAUGGAUGAAGAUGAGGAGCGAUCGGCAAAGGCCACCUGGAAUCUGCUGGCAUCACGGCACAACAUCAACAUCGCUCUAAUCACAGUCAGAAGACAGUUGAAGAAACUUGAGUGGAGUUAUGGAAAGGCUCGGUAAGAUUUUUGUUUUGUUUGUUAAGGCUUUUUACGCUAAUAUUGUAAUAGGCCACCUAUUAUAUGUAUUGUUUUUUUACAGAACAUGAACCAUGUGUGUUCUCUUGUUUUGUACUGUUCUGUAGUUUCGACCCAAAGAUUUGUCUGACAAACAAAGAACUUCACCUGCUGCAGGCAGGAUCGAAGCUGGCUAGACAUUCAAUGACGUCAUCUUCACAGACGAAUCAAUCGUGGCCCUUGACAAAUUUGCUCAAAAUUGCUACAGAAAAAAAGGAAGAAGAUCAAGCAAGCCGAGUCCCAAGCAUCCCCUCAAACUCUCACCAGGGACCAGGCCCAUAUUUGAUUUUUGAUGGUUAAAUUUAGCCAUUUACAAAGCGAAAGGUUACAUAAAAUAUUGUAGCCUACACCUUACAGACUGCAAUGUGUUCCACAAUAAUUCACUGUUGCCUCCUUAUUCAGGUAUCAUGGCUAGAGAGUUCUUUGAGGAAGAAAUCAUCAAGAGAUGUGCUGGACCCUAUGUCAGAGAGGUGUUUCUGGCACCACAUCAUUUCUUUCAAGGUAGGAUUAUAGCAAUAUGUUGUUAUGUUUAGGCCUAUUUACAUGUAUAUUUCUAUUAUUUUACCUAAUGUUGGCUAAUGUCAUUUUUUUUCUUCAUAUGCAGACAAUGACCCAAAACACACUGUUGCCCUAGUUUGCAUUGCAAAUAAGGGCAUAAACUGGGUCAAGACGCCAGCAGAGUAAGUAGACCUACAACACUUUUUCACAGCACAUUACUCAACACUUGUGAGACGCACCUCGCCUACGGUAGGCCAACAGUAUAUCAAAAAUAUUUUAUAUCUCUACAUGUAGGUCUCCUGAUUUAAACCUGAUCGAACUUGUUUGGCAUCAACUGAAAACAUUCAUCUGUAACUCUGCCAAGCCUACAAGCAAAGAUGAACUGGUGAAGACCAUCAAGACGUUUUGGCUUGAGAAACUGAAGAUACAACAAUGCAACAAAUACACUGAUAAUCUCAGCAAGGUUUUACCCAUGGUCGUGGAGCUGGGGGGAAGUGCAACUAAAAUGUAG